AAAAAUCGAAGCCGCGUGAGUGUUGGGUAAUUGGAUCGGCAACGGAUGAGAUGGCGUAAGACGCGUAAUAAGUCUUUCAACUUAUUGGACUGAGAGUUUCAAAGUUUGACGAAAGUACCCUCUCUCUCUCUCUCUCUCUCUCUUCCCCAGCCACCAUUAAACAAUUGAAUUGAAAUAUCAAAACCCAGAGAGAGAGAGAGAAAAGAGGACCAACAACACAUCAUCCGAUCAUCGUCUCCAAGGCUGAUCAGAGCUAUAUAUACGAAGAUGAUGAUAAGGUUCAUGUUACUUCUAGUAGUAGCGGUAGUACUGGAACUGGUGGAAGUGAAAGGGCAGCAAAGCUACGUCAACAACCACCAGCUCGACUGCUACAACCACUACAACUCCACCGACGGCUUAGUCUGCCGCCACUACGACACCGUAAACGACAUCGGCAGAUGCUCCUCUUUUCUCACUUUCCGAUCCAUCCCUCCCUACGACUCCCCGGUGUCCAUUGCCUACCUCCUCCACUCCGACCCCGCCCUCGUCGCCGCCGCCAACAACGUCUCCGACGUCGAUCGCAUCCCUUCCGACCGCCUCGUCCUGGUCCCCGUCAACUGCUCCUGCACCGGCCACCGCUUCUACCAGCACAACGCCUCCUACUCCCUCAAGACUACCUACGAGACUUACUUCACCGUCGCCAACGACACCUAUCAGGGCCUCACCACAUGCCAGGCCAUGAUGGCCCAGAACCCUUCCUUGGACGAUCGCAAUCUCUCCGUGGGCAUGUCCCUCCAGAUCCCACUCCGAUGCGCUUGCCCUUCUCCCAACCAAACCGCCUUCGGCGUCAAGUACCUCCUCAGCUACCUCGUCACUUGGCGCGACGAAAUCUCUUCCAUUGGCCGCCGCUUCGGCGUCGACUCCCAGAGCCUUUUGGACGCCAACAUGUUAUCCUCCGCUGACAUUAUCUACCCCUUCACGCCCCUUCUUGUGCCCCUUACAGCCCAGCCUUCCUCCUCAAUCGGCCUCAAUCAGUCGCCCAAUUCUCCUCCUCCGUCGCUGCCACCUCCCGAUGAAGCCAAAACUAAUUCUAAGAAAUGGGUGUUUGUAGGUAUCGGCGCGGGGGUUGCCGCUGUGAUGCUGUCUACUUUGACGUUUUGCUUCUUGAGGCGAUGGAGAAAUACAACAAAGCAAAAUGAUGCCAAGUAUGGAAAUGAAAUUAAUCCUAACCCUGAUAGUAGUGCUGCGGCCACGGCAUCAACUUGGUCUGACCGAGAGUACUACACCGCGCCACUCGCGGAUAGCAAGUCAACGUGGUCAGUUUCCUCAGGACGAAUUCGAUCUGCGGUAGAAUCUUUAAGUCUCUAUGACAUAGAAGAGGUGCGGAGGGCGACGGAUUCCUUCAGCGAAGCUAACAAGAUUCAGGGCUCCGUCUACCGGGGAAGAUUCAAGGGCGACGACGCGGCUGUUAAGGUGAUGAAAGGGGACGUCUCCUCCGAGAUAAACAUAUUGAAGCACAUAAAUCACUCCAACGUGAUCAGGCUCUCGGGAUUCUGCAUGCACCAAGGAAACACCUACCUUGUGUACGAGUAUGCCGAGCGUGGCUCUCUCAACCAGUGCCUCCAACGCCAAGCUGCUGCUGCUGCUGCUGCUUUGACUUGGAAGCAGAGGGUAGAGAUUGCCCACGACGUCGUCGAUGCCCUGAAUUACCUGCACAACUUUGCGGACCCUCCUUACAUCCACAAGAACCUCAAGAGCAGCAACAUCCUUUUGGAUGGAAACUUGAGAGCCAAGGUUUCCAAUUUGGGGCAAGCAAGAAGAGCUGGGGUUGGCAACGAGGAAGGGUUCCUGCAGUUGACAAGGCAUGUGGUGGGCACUCAAGGAUACUUGGCCCCCGAGUACAUCGACAGCGGGGUCAUAACGCCAAAGAUGGAUGUUUUUGCGCUCGGGGUGGUGAUCUUGGAGCUCUUGUCCGGAAAGGAAGCAGCAACGACCCACAAGAACAACUGCAACAAUGAGGAGUUGCUCUUCAACUCCAUAACAAGAGUCUUGCAAGGAGACAAUGUGAGAGAGAAACUUAGAGGAUUCAUGGAUCCUGCACUGACCAAAGCCGACUAUCCCUUGGAUUUGGCAUUCUCCAUGGCCCAAUUGGCUAAAGCUUGCGUUGCUCCCGACCUCAACUCUCGUCCCGACGUUCGUCGAGUCUUCAUAACUCUCUCUAAGAUCCGAUCCUCUACACGCGAUUGGGAUCCCUCUGACGAGCUUCAACGUUCCCCGUCUCUCACCGAUCAUGCCAUUUAAGGCACCGCAUUUACAUACAUUCUUCUACAUGUAGGUCAUUUUUAUAUGAUAACUGGUUGACGCUUGCCACCCUUGUCAUUCCCCCCCGUGUGGGGAUAUUAGCUUUGAGACAUCCACUUGUCUUUUCCCGCAUUGGAAUGAAACUUAAUAUUAGCGUUA